AUGGAGCAUCAACAAAACCAACAACCUCCACCGCAAGGAGGCGUGCCGGGUCCUACCGGCCGCCGACUACACAUUGCUCAUCGCAGGAGUCCUUCCGAGUUGACACCGUUGAUGAGCAUGUUCUCGUCGCCAGGCAUGGAGCAACUGGCUAUUCAGCAGCAGAUUGAGCUGCUUCAGCAACAGCAGCAGCAGAUUCAGGCUACCCAUCAGCAAUAUGUCAACAUGGGCAUGAUACCUCCGACACAACACCUGGCACCUGGCGGAGGAUACAACCCACUACAACCACAAAUGCAAAACAUGUCACCACAAACGGGAUUUCAGUUCCCUAACCAGAUGCAACAACAGCCGCAGAUCAACGCUCCAAUGGGUGCACCCACCCAACCCUUAUCACAUCGCCGUAAUCAAUCGGCUCUUCCAAACAUGGGUAUGGGACCUCCACCUGCUCCCUCGUCUGGGGCAUCAGGCUCAGCCUUUGGAGACUUUGGAGGACACAACCGUGAGAACAGUUCAUCUAACCGCGGAGGUCGCGGGGGCGGACCUCCAGGCGGUGGACAUCAGCGUCGUCACUCCUUAGCGCUGCCAGAAGCGAAGAAGGCUGCUGAACUGGCACAGCAGAAACGAACCACCUCUGGAUUUCAAUUCCCUAUUCCUGGAGCUGGUGGUGCCACUCCUACAGAGUCGAGUGAGAGUCCAGCUGGUGAAGAUAACAAUGGACAAGGUCAGGCUACUGGAAACCAUCUCACGGCAGGUCCAUCUACUCGAGGAAGAGGGGGCGCUCAUGGCAGGAGCCAGAGUAUGGCAGUCGGUGCCAAUGCAAGAGGCGGGGCUUCUAUGCGUGGCGGAGGCUCUUUUCAAUUCCCUGCUAUGCAGACCGCACCGGACGCUGGUGCAGGCGGGCAACAACAAGGAAAUGAGUUCCAGCAGAAGCGUGGAGGUGGCUCUGUGGGUCACAACCGCAAUUCUUCUCGCAAUUUCGAGGGCAACUGGAGAAACCAACCGCCACAAGGUCAGGCACCACAGGAUCAGCAACAGCCUACUAUGGGCAACUUCCAAGGCCAACAGCAACAACAAGGUGGAUUCCAACCUGGACAUCGCAAUCGGGGAUCUAUGAACCAGUCCGUCAACAGCCUUGGCUCUUUCCAAUAUGGCCAACAACCACAGCUUGUUCAAUUGCCCCAAGGCCAGAUGGCUCUUGUCCAACAGCCAAUGUACCCUGGACAGCAGUUGAAUCCACUCCAGAUCAGUCAACUCCAGGCUCUGCAAGCCGCUCAAAUGAAUGGCCAAGUUGGUCUCGCAGGCAGCCAUCAUGCCCCCCAACUUUCCGCGCAACAACAACAGCAACAACGCAAAACGCUCUUUACACCAUAUUUACCACAAGCUACUCUUCCCGCACUCCUUGGGGAUGGCCAGCUUGUUUCUGGUAUCCUUCGUGUUAACAAGAAGAACAGAAGUGAUGCCUACGUUUCUACCCAGGACGGUCUCUUGGAUGCAGAUAUUUUUAUUUGCGGAAGCAAAGAUAGAAAUCGUGCACUCGAGGGCGAUCUUGUAGCGGUCGAACUACUUGACGUGGAUGAGGUAUGGGGCCAGAAGCGAGAGAAAGAAGAGAAGAAGAAGCGCAAGGAUAUUACCGACACCAGAGGUGGUUCUUCCGGUGGUAAUGCAGAUACAUCCCAUCGCGAUAACUCGACCAACGGCGAUAGACAGACCCACAACGAAAAUGGCACUAUGCGCAGACGUGGUAGCCUGAGACAGCGACCCACACAAAAGAAGAAUGAUGAUGUCGAGGUUGAGGGACAGAGUCUACUUUUAGUAGAGGAGGAGGAAGUUAAUGAUGAGCAAAAGCCACUCUACGCUGGCCACAUUGUGGCUGUCGUUGAGCGUGUUGCUGGACAGAUGUUCUCUGGAACUCUCGGAUUGCUCCGUCCUAGCAGUCAAGCUACCAAGGAGAAGCAAGAGGCUGAGCGUCAAGCACGCGAUGGUGGAAAUGGACGUCAACAUGAGCAACGUCAACAAGACAAACCAAAGAUUGUCUGGUUUAAGCCUACCGACAAGCGUGUGCCACUGAUUGCCAUUCCAACUGAGCAAGCACCUCGCGACUUUGUCGAGAAGCACAUGGACUAUGCAGACCGUAUAUUCGUCGCAUGUAUCAAGAGAUGGCCAAUCACCUCUUUACAUCCAUUUGGUACGCUUGUGGAGCAGCUUGGAAAGAUGGGUGAGCUCAAAGUUGAAACCGAUGCUCUUCUCAGAGACAACAACUUUGCCUCUGACGAAUUUUCUGAUGCCGUGACUCGAAGUGUUGGUCUCGACGACUGGUCGCUCGCAAAGGAGGACGAGACAGCAAUCAGCGCCCGUCGUGACUUCAGAGACGAGAAGACAUUUACCAUUGACCCCAAUGGCGCAAAGGAGCUCGACGAUGCUAUUCAUGUCAAGUCUGAAGGAGACGGAAAGAUCGAGAUUGGUAUUCACAUUGCCGAUGUCGCACAUUUCAUCAAGGCAAACUCUUUGGUCGACCGCGAGGCGAAAAAACGAUCCACAGCCGUGUUCCUGAUGAACCGUGAAUCUGCUAUGCUCCCUCCUAAGAUUGCCACCGAGAUCUGCUCUUUGACUCCUGGAGAAGAGCGUCUGACUGUCAGUGUUGUUUUCAAAGUCAACGCUCAUACUGGUGUUGUCUCCGAUGAAGACACCUGGGUUGGAAAGUCCAUAAUCAAAAGUUCUGGUAAACUUUCCUACAAGGAUGUCGACGCUGUCUUGACAGGUCAUGUCGACAUCAAGCUUCCAGGGGUGGAAGCAAAAGAUAUUCAAAUACUUCAUGCCGUUGCGCAAAAGUUCCGAGAACAGCGUUUAGGAACUGAUGGAGAGACAAUUGCUCCUCUCAGACUCAUCUACCAACUGGAUGAUGAGAAUGUGCCUGUGGAGCACAACAUAUUCGAUUCGACUCCUUCCCACGAGUUGAUCGAGGAAUUGAUGCACAAAGCUAACGCUUAUGUCGCUCAGAAGAUUUACGAGGGGAUGCCCGAAAAGGCUUUCCUCAGAAGACAAGGACCACCAAACCCGCGAAGACUUCAAACAUUCUCAGACCGCAUGAACAAGAUUGGGUUUGAAAUAGAUACUACAAGCAGUGGAUCUCUUCAGAACAGUCUGUUCAAAGUUGACGACACAAAUAUCCGAAAGGGUAUGGAAACUCUUCUCGUCAAAACGAUGCACAGAGCGAAAUACUAUAUUGCUGGAAAGACCCCAACCCACCUCUAUCCUCACUACGCGUUGAACCUACCUCUAUACACUCAUUUCACAAACCCAUCGCGUCGUUAUGCAGAUCUCGUUGUCCAUCGUCAACUCGAGGCUGUCCUCUCUGAAGGAAAGAUUGAGUACAACGAAGAUAUUGAAACUCUUGUCAAGACGACCGAGUCCUGCAAUACCAAGAAAGAUUCCGCUCAAAACGCCCAAGAACAGAGUAUUCACAUUGAGUCCUGCAGAGAAAUGGACAAGAAGCGAGAAGAAGCUGGCGGUGAACUUAUCACUGAAGGUAUUGUCAUUGCCGUAUACGAUUCCGCUUUCGAUGUUCUCAUCCCUGAGUAUGGCUUUGAAAAACGUGUUCAUUGCGAUCAACUGCCAUUGAAGAAGGCAGAAUUCCGUAAGACUGACCGAAUUCUUGAGCUUUACUGGGAGAAGGGUGUCCCAUCUUCUGCAUAUGUUCCAGAAGAUGAGCGUCCACGACCAGGUCUUUCCCAACGCACUACCAAUGCCGCAGCCGCUGCAAAGCAGGCUGCAGUCGCAGAGCGUGCUAAGAAAGAACAUGAAGAGGCCCAGCGCAAACAAAUGGAGACUGGAACAAUGUCAACCGAUGAUGUUGAGGCUCUCUUUGAGGAUGACGACGCUUCUGAUGUCGCAGAUAGUCUUGCGGGAGCUUCCCUGGCUGAGCGCCCUACCCAGAGCGUACCUCCAUCUCCAACCAAGAACUCUCUUAGCGCUGGUGGAAACCUCCACCGAACUCGAUCCGACUCCAAGGUACCAUCUGCAGAGCCAGCUGAAGCUAAACUCAGCCCUAAGGAGCGAUACUUGAAGCUCUUCACUCUCCGUGAGGAGAAUGGAGAAUACAUUCAGGAUGUGAAGGAGAUGACCAGAGUACCUGUGAUCUUGAAGACUGAUCUCACCAAGAGUCCUCCUUGCCUCACAAUCCGUUCGCUCAACCCAUAUGCUUUGUGA